AUGGGGCUUGGUUUAGGCCUAUCUGAGUUACGUAUUACCUUGCGCAACGAGGACAUCAAGGAACCACGCCAGCUAUAUAAAUUGCGCGGCAGAGACCGCUUUCAUUACACUCACACCAACUCGAGAACCAAAAUGCGCUUCCUGAUCGCCACUUGUCUCCUUGCGGCUGUCUGCCACGGCCAGUACGUGAAGCCUGGCCCCUGCCCCGAGUUCACCACCAAACUCGACUUCGAAAUCCCACCUUACAUGGGCAAGUGGUAUGAAUAUGCCAGAUUUACUACACCAGACCAGACUGGCCAGACUUGCAACUACGCUGAAUAUGCCGAUAACGGCAACGGCACGGUCGCAGUUCACAACGCGGGCCUGGAGGCUGAUGGCACCUACUCCGAGAUCUAUGGCUGGGUCGAGCCUUCGGACGUGGGAGGAGCCCUUCUGCUGCAUCUCAACGGAGUACCCGUCGUAGGAGACUACAACGUGCUGGACACCGACUAUGAGGGCUACGCCUCUGUCUACUCCUGCCAGGCCCUCCUCGGUCUGGGCCACGUCGAGCAGGCUUGGAUCCUCGCUAGGACGCCCGCCCUCGAGCAGAACAAAAUUGAUGCCGCCGCUGCUGCCUUCACCAACUUCGGAAUCGACGUGAAUCAGUUCAUGGCGACGCCGCAGGAGAACUGCGUCUUUCCCUGAGGCGCCGGAGGGGUGAUCCUCUCCAUCGCGAAAGGAUGCGUGGGGAGUUGGAGGUGUAAAGCAUGCUGAAGUCAUGUUAUGCGGUGAUUAAUUUAUUUCUUAUUUAUGAAGUUAAAUAAAUCUUAUAUCAAAUUUA